AUGUUACAAAUUUCAAGCUACACAAAAUUUUUGAACGAGAUGUUGAAAAAGAAAACAAAGCUUCCGAAGUAUGAAACUGUGGUAUUAACUAAGAAAAGUGGUGCAAAAGUACAAAGUAAAUUAUCUACCAAGCUGAAAUAUCCAGAGUGUUUUACUUUGCCUAUCUCAAUUGAAAAUUCUUGUUCUAUUAGUACAUUGUGUGACACAGUUGAUAGAACAAUUCCAAAGCCAUGUGCCAAAGUUGAUGAUAAGCUCAUAAAAGUAGAAUAUUUAAUAUUUCCUUUAGACUUUAUUGUGUUGGACGUACCAAAAGAUCAAGACAUUCCUGUUAUAAUGGGUUGGUCAUUCUUAGUAACGGAUAGAACCCUGAUUGACAUGGAGAAGGCCUGUGAGAUUUUCUCCGAUGUAAAGAAGAUAGACGGGAUUUUUACUUUGGUAGUAAAAGCAAAAGAAGAUGCUGAGAAAAUCUUAUAUCUAUUUGAGAAAUUAUUUCAGAUUGAAUGUGAUGCUUGGGACAUUGGAAUUGCAAAUAGUUUUGAAUUACGACCCUUUGAUCCUGAGAUUGAAAGAACAUUUUGGAGAUUAAGGGUUCUAAGAAGAAAAGAGAUUGAAGAAAUAGCUACUAAUGACAACCAACAACAACAGGCUAUUCAAGAUUAUGUUCGACUAGUCAUCAAUGACAACUACUCUUGA